UCAAUUUCAAAAUGUGUGCGAAUGUGCAUCACGAGAUUUGGGCUGGAAUGUAUAAAUUUAAAUCAUAAUUUAUUUGUGUCGGUGGUAUUAGUUUAAACUAUUACAAAAAUCGAAAUAAUCAGUUGAUCGUAGUUUAGCACUGUGAGCAAAAAGAUUAUGAUAUACGAAAAACACUUUAUACUUGUUUCUUCUAAGUUAGAAGAUACAGUGUGAAAAUCCACAGCCCUGGCACCGAGGGAAUUUGGGGCCGAUCUAAGGCCCAAUAAUUAUCAUGAAACAGGUGUACCUGUUAUCGGAUUGCCAUUGCCCCCCGAACCUGAAUAUGGCACAAGCCCUCCAACCACAUCAGGUACCGGUGUCACCGUCUUUUCGCAGUCGGUGACAAUGACUGCCACCAAAUGGACACCAGACUACAUGAGAGGUGGACCCGUCAAUCCUGAUACUAUUAUCUUAGUUCCAAACAAAGCGACAGUUUGGAUAUUACUCUUCGCAGCAAUUAUUGUUCUGUUGUUAAGUGUUGCUGCGCUGGCCUAUUUUUGCUGGGUAUUACCUAAAAGACGUAAACAUGAGGGCUUUCACUGGUCUCGCCCUACACCUAAUUUAAUGGAUGAUACUUCACAAGAACCUGAUUUAUCACAGAGGGGAAGUAAAAAUAGCGAAGGACUCACAGGAACCGAUAACCCACAAUUUAGUCCUGAUUUAACUAAACAGUUAUUUGUAGAUUAUGCGGAGCCAAUUACAUUAAUUGAACGUCCGAUGUAUGCUUCUAGUGGAGCUUUAAAUGAAAUUGGGAGUACUGAAUAUGCCGAAGUUGAUAUGGAUCUCAGAACUAGAUCUUUGCCAAGUUGGAGUCGAACAAAACAGAGGCCUCAAUCUGCUAUUGAUGAUAUUGAAGAGUUAUAUGCAAAAGUAAAUUUCAGUAAAAAGAAAAGAAAUAGAAUGUGUAAUGAUGAAGCAGCAGUAAUAGCAAUGAGCAAGUCCAGGUCACAAUGCUUGCAAAGUGGAAUUGUAAAUUCCAUACCUGGUCAAAUCAAUGAUCAAGAUGCUGUUGUAGUAUAUAAUGAACGAACUGCUUUGUGAUAAGGAUAAUUUAAAAAUUGAAUACAUGCAGGCACAUACACAGAAAUGGAUUUCUAUCAUUCAGUAGAAGAGCAUUAACGAAUUUAUAAUCUAAUACUAAACAUCAAACUUUUAAGGUAAGGGGGUAUUCUAGUGUAUAGGCAUAAAUUUUAGGUCAUUUUUAAAUCAUUGUUAAAAAGAGGCAAUCAACCUUUUUCACUAUCAUUUUUUCUAUGAUUUAUUUAUCAUUGUUACAAGAGUACAGGAAAAAGUAAAAACAAAAAAAGGUACUAAUUUUAAAAAUUGUUAGUUGUUGAAGUGAAGGGUCUCAAAAAAUUGACGUGUGAUCAUGCCUACGAUUGCAGCCCCCCUAGUGGUCCGAAAAAAAAAUUAUUGAUCUGCAAAAUGAUGUUGCAAUGGAAUAUACUAGGGUUAGGUAAGAGAAAAUAUUUUUGACUAUGUUAUUUUUCAUACCAAUUUUUGAGUUUCACGAAUUUUUUAAAUAGUAAAAAUUCAAAUUUGAGGAUGAGGCUAGUAUAUGUCAGAUAAAAAAAGAUUCUCUGAAAAUUUCAAGUAAAUUGGUUCAAUAGAACUCUAAAAAUUGUGGCCAUUGUAUUGAAAAGUAAAAAAAACGAAAAGGAUUAUCAUGGUCAAACAGCUGUAUCUCCGGAAAUAAUUAAAUUUUUUUUUUUGUACACAUAUUUUUAAAUAUUGACCGAAAAUAUGAAACGAAAGAAAAAUCAAUUAUUUUAAUUUGUACACUAGAGAAUACGCUCUUGAGCUUAAAACAUGUUAAAUUUUUAUUAAUGGAAUGCUGGAAACUGAGGUCGUCUAUAUAAUGAUCUGUUGUAAGGAUAAGUUGUCUGAUUUUGCUUAUUGUCACAGUUUGUUAAUUAAUAUAUUUAUAUACAUAUGGUAUAAUACAAAAUCUAAAUAUAGACUGAUGAUGAGACAAACCAUAGUCUUGAAAUGGUUAUCUGAUAAUAUUAGCGCUAAACAGUGUAUUUUGUUCAGGGUAUAUUUGUUGAAAAAAACCUUAGCACUUCGGGCUGUUUAUGUAUAUGACAAGUCAGCAAUUUCGCAUCAUCACCAACAGUUGUUGGCUCGUCAUAUUUCGUUCAGGAAUGUAAAGGGUUGUCGGACUGGGUUUGACAAAUGAGUUGCGGUCCACGUGUAAUAUGUCGAACACGUCCGACAAUGGAGUUGCGGUGCACAUCUUAUAUGCCAGACUGGGUCCGACAACAGAGUAGAAGUAGUUACUAGAAUUCACCUUUAUAUAUCCUUAUAAUUGCUACUAAUAUAUAUAUUAUAUUGUAUUUUUAAAAGUGCCAUGAAUGAUCCCAGUGGACAAUACAGACUUUUUGCAAUGUUGUAAAUUUGUGCGAUUAAAAUCUUUGAACAGCAUUAGCUUUGUUAGUAAAUUUGGAAAUUGAGUACAUUUUAUGUCUAAUGUGAAACAAUUGUCACUUUAUAGAUGAAUGCACUAGAUUUUAUAAGUUUGUUUUGAAAAUAUUCAUUAUUUUGCAUCAUUGGAAACGCGCUGUAUUCAAAGAUAAAAUGUUCAAAAUAUGUAUAUAUAUUAAGAUGCUUAUGAUAAAAUUAGUAUGAUCAUAGCACUAUAUAAAUUGCAUGACUUGUGGUGCAGUGUUUUUGAAAUGUGAUUGAAUAGAAGAGCAUUGAAUGAGUCCUUAAGCUAGGAGAUUGUUUGAAAAGUUGAUCGUAAUAUUUUUUCUUUAAUAUGCAUUAAACAUUGUCAAUCUAAUUUCAGAAAUUGUGAGUUUUACCUAGUUCUAUCAUGACUAACAAAAUAAAAAAUUAAUCGAUAUUUAGAGCAACAUAAUUAAAUUAUUAUAUCUUUAAUUUGUUAU